UUAACACGCGCCGCAGAAUGUAAAUAAGAAGGCCCCUCUUCAUAGCUAUCUAAAUUAGUUGUAUCCAUUUCUCUCUCUAUCUCUAUUCAGUCCAUACUUCUUCUCUCCGGCGAUGGAUCCUUACAAGUUUCUUCCAUCUAGUGCUCACAAUUCCUUGUACUAUACUACUAAUUCUGGUGCUCCUGUUUGGAACAACAAUUCAUCUUUCACUGUUGGAUCAAGAGGUCCUAUCCUGCUGGAGGAUUACCAUUUGGUGGAGAAACUAGCUAAUUUUGAUAGGGAGAGAAUUCCUGAACGUGUGGUUCAUGCUAGAGGAGCAAGUGCGAAAGGAUUCUUCGAGGUUACUCAUGAUGUUUCGCAUCUUACAUGUGCUGAUUUCCUUCGAUCACCUGGCGUGCAGACUCCAGUCAUAGUUAGGUUUUCUACUGUGAUUCAUGAACGUGGCAGUCCUGAGACUCUCAGAGAUCCAAGAGGAUUUGCUGUGAAGUUCUACACUAGAGAGGGUAACUUUGAUCUUGUUGGGAAUAAUUUCCCUGUUUUCUUUAUCCGUGAUGGAAUGGAGUUUCCUGACAUGGUUCAUGCUCUCAAGCCGAACCCUAAGUCCCAUAUCCAGGAGAACUGGAGGGUUCUUGACUUCUUCUCUCAUCAUCCAGAGAGCUUGCACAUGUUCACAUUCCUGUUCGACGAUAUAGGUAUUCCACAGGACUACAGGCACAUGGAGGGGUCAGGUGUUAACACUUACACUCUCAUCAACAAGGCUGGAAAAUCCCAUUUGGUGAAAUUUCACUGGAAACCAACCUGUGGAGUAAAGAGUCUUCUUGAAGAUGAAGCCAUUAAAGUUGGUGGAGCAAACCACAGUCAUGCAACUAAGGAUCUUUAUGAUUCUAUCUCUGCUGGUAACUAUCCUGAGUGGAAGCUAUACAUACAAACAAUCGACACUGAUCAUCAGAAUAAUUUUGACUUUGAUCCACUUGAUGUGACUAAAACUUGGCCGGAGGAUAUCUUGCCUCUUCAGCCAGUUGGGCGGUUGGUUUUGAACAGGAACAUAGAUAAUUUCUUUGCGGAGAAUGAGCAGCUUGCUUUCUGUCCUGCUAUUAUUGUUCCUGGUGUAUGCUAUUCUGAUGACAAGUUGCUGCAAACUAGGAUCUUCUUUUAUUCUGAUACUCAGAGGCAUAGACUUGGACCUAAUUAUCUCCAGCUUCCGGCUAAUGCUCCUAAAUGUACUCACCACAACAAUCACCAUGAUGGGUUCAUGAAUUUCAUGCAUAGGGAUGAGGAGGUCAACUACUUCCCUUCGAGGUUCGAUCCUGCCCGAAAUGCAGAGGUAGUCCCGGUUCCUUCCUCUGUUUGCACUGGUAAUCGUGAAAAGUGUAUUAUUCAGAAGGAAAACAAUUUCAAGCAGCCUGGAGACAGAUACCGAACUUUUACACCUGAUAGGCAAGAGCGUUUCAUCAAUAGAUGGAUCGACGCCUUAUCUGACCCUAGAGUCACCCAUGAGAUAAAAACCAUUUGGAUCUCCUACUGGUCUCAGGCUGAUGUAUCUCUGGGUCAGAAGCUGGCUUCUCGUCUGAACGUGAAGCCAAGUAUGUGAACAUAAAAGAAAAGAAUAUGAGAAGAAAAAAGAUCAUAAUAAUAAUAAAUCUCAUCAUCUUUUGUGUACUUUGGCUGGUUAGUAGUAUGUAUGUGUUUUAAUUGAGUCAUGGUUCUUAUCAGAUUUGUUUGUUGUCGGGUUUGUGUUUGUGUCGUGUUUAUGUCUUCGAAUAAUAGCCUUUGUUCUUUGGCUAGAAUGUAUUGCAUAACCGUUCUUUUAAGUUAUUUUGAUUCUGUUUC